UCUGGUUUACACAAGUUCAGUAAAAAUCAGAUUCAAAAGUUUGAUAAAAUCGUCUUCCUAGAUAUGCUACAACCCACGUAGUGUUUGGUACGCCAUUUUAAGUGAUAUUUGCUGUGAAAAUUUUGCAAACCAGCUGCUUUAUUUGGAUAAUGUGAGCCAUAGAGUGCGCGGUGUGAACUCCUGUGUCGUGCGCUUUGCGUCCGGCUCAAGUGAAGCGUUGGCGCGGCGGCGUGUGUCACUGGAAGAAGCACUGCCUUUGGGCAACCCGUGGGAGAUAUCUUUGUCUUUAAGAUACUAUUCUGGAGUCAUGAAAAGAAGGAAACUUUAAUUACGCCACAGGGCCCUUAAGCGACGAUUGGGCGAGAACCAGAUGGGCCUGAAGCAAAGAAAAACAAGGCUCUGAUUUGCACUGAUGAUUUAUACAAAGGAAGAUUCUUCUUGCUCCUCAGUUGCAUGAUGAGUUUACUGUGCUGAGCUGAGAAGAAAAAACAUGACCGUUGCCAAUGCGAAGUCUGGAACUGCCAUGCAGCAGAUAUUGGACAAUUUAAAAGACCUACCAGUGGGGACAGGAGCCAAAGAUAUUGACUUAAUCUUUCUCCGGGGUGUCAUUGAGAGCCCCAUUGUGCGCUCUCUUGCAAAGGCCCAUGAGCGUCUUGAGGACAAGAAGUUAGAAGCUGUUCGAGACAACAAUAUUCAACUAGUUACUGAUAUUCUUACCUCUCUCACUGACCUAUCUGAGAAAAAUACUGCUGCUGCCGAACUUGCUAAAAUCCUCCAAGAACCACACUUUCAGUCUCUGAUAGAGGCUCAUGACAAAGUCGCUGCAAAGUGCUACGAAAUGCCUACUGCUGCAGUCAACCAUGACACUACUACCACUUCAUUCAUGCCAGCCGAUGCUUUCAGGAUCAUUGGCAUCCAGAAGAAAGCUGGGGAACCCUUGGGAGUGACUUUCCGAGUGGAGAAUGGAGAUUUGGUGAUUGCACGUAUUUUGCAUGGCAGUUCGAUUGACCGACAAGGAAUGCUGCACACGGGUGACAUAAUCCGUGAGGUGAAUGGCCGUGAGGUCAGCUGUAACCCGCACGAGCUACAGGAGGUACUGAAGCAGAGCAGCGGCAGCAUCACUCUCAAAGUCGUCCCCAGUUAUAGAGACGCCCCAGCUCCACCGCAGGCCUUUCUGAAGCCACACUUCAACUACAACCCGGCCACAGACAACCUGAUUCCUUGUAAAGAGGCAGGACUGGCUUUUUCUAAAGGAGAAAUUCUUCAUGUAGUAAACAGAGAGGAUGCCAACUGGUGGCAGGCCUGUAAGGUUGAAGGUGAAGGCACAGGUCUGAUUCCAAGCCAGUUCUUGGAGGAAAAGAGAAAAGCUUUUGUGAGAAGAGACUGGGACACAUCUGGCACUGGUUUGUUCUGUGGAAUACAAAUGUCAAAGAAAAAGAAGAAAAAAAUUAUGUACCUUACUUCAAAAAAUGCAGAAUUUGACCGAUACGAGCUACAGAUCUAUGAAGAGGUAACCAAAAUGCCACCUUUCCAGAGAAAAACAUUGGUUCUAAUUGGAGCACAGGGAGUUGGCCGACGGAGCUUGAAGAACAGGCUAAUUGUCAUGAACCCGCUGCGAUAUGGGACCACGGUGCCCUUUACUUCACGGCCCCCACGGGAGGAGGAGAGGGAUGGGCAGAACUACUGUUUUGUGACACGGGAGCAGAUGGAGCGGGACAUCAAGGACAGUCGCUACCUGGAACACGGCGAGUACGAUGGAAACCUUUACGGCACAAAGAUCGACUCAAUCCAUGAGGUGGUUGAAGCCGGGCGCACCUGCAUCCUGGAUGUCAAUCCUCAGGCUUUGAAAGUAUUGAAAACUGCAGAGUUCAUGCCAUUUGUAGUAUUCAUCGCAGCUCCUGAGCUAGAUACGCUAAGAGAUAUGCACAAAGCUGUGGUAGAUGCUGGACUAACCACCAAGUUACUCACAGAAAAUGAUCUAAAGAAGACUGUGGAUGAAAGUGCCAGGAUUCGACGAGCUUACAGCCACUAUUUUGACCUAACUAUCGUCAGUGACAAUCUAGACAAAGCUUUUGACAAGCUGCAGGACACGGUGGAACGGUUGUUUGAAGAGCCACAGUGGGUUCCUGUCAGUUGGGUCUACUAAUGCGCUCCCAUAGGACAGAUUAGUCCUCUGGGCCCAGAACUACCAGGACCUGAAAAGUUUAACACUGCAAGAGUUCAGUAGCAGCUUGGUGUGUAUUUGUCUUCUCAGCAGACUAUGCAACUCACAACUCAUGUAAGUGUACUUAUUUAUUUAUGUAGUAUUUUUAAACUCUUGAUUGCAGUUGGCAGUCGUCUUACUGAAAACACUGAGAGGCAGUAUAUUUUAAAGAUGAAUGCCAUGUUUUGUUAUUUUACAUUUGAAAUUGUCAAAAUAUUUAUCUGGCAAAUUAACAAGGGCUUACUCAGUGAAAAUAUACCUCAGUGUUAUGGUUUACAGGACAUCACUACAUACUCCUUCCAUUUACCUUAAAAUUUUUAAUUUCCGUUUAGUGAUCCUUCAAAUUACAGUUUUUCUCAAUUGUGACAUUGUUUUCUUGGAUAUUGUUGCAUAUUGUUGUCAACACACAUUUCAAACACAUGGUAAAUCACAAAACAUUGCUUCCUUCGAGUAUUAAUACUUUUUUCUCCUUGUACAUGUGCAUUUAUUAUAAUUGGUAAAAGGGAAUUUAUUAAAUUGUGAUAAACUCAAGUAUGUCAUUUAAGAUAGGAUUUUGUGUAUUUUCAUAUUGUAGAAAUGGCUCUGAAAUUUGAAAGGGGGAAAUUAAGCCAUGACAAACAAAAAAUCAAUAGUUUCGGUAAAAGUAUUUUUUUUCUAACAAAUUUGUAGUGCUAACCUCCUGCCUGUUACUUGUAACCUAAACACUCUGGAGUCACCUUUGUCACAGCUCAUUGCCCUGUUCACUUGUGAAAACCUGUUAAUCUCCUAAAAUUUCUUAUGAAGUUGAACUUUAUGCAAAUUUUUAUACACAACUCUAACGUUAGCAUUGUGGCUUAGUAGAUUAGAGACUUGUGUUGCAUAAUAAAUUUGGUUAAUGUAAGCGAUUAAGAAAAACUGUAAACGUCAUGUCAGUGUUGUAAACUUUGUUGUACUAGAUUUAAUGCAAUAUAAAUGUGUUAAACUCAUUUUAAAUCCAUUUCUGCAUUGUUACAUUUCUUAGGUCUGGUAAAUAUUUGAAUCAUGAUGAGGUUUAUGUGAGAUAUACUUUUCCAGAGACUUGACAGGCUACAUCCCUGUGAACUACACCCCUUUGAUGAACUAUUACUAAUAAGAAACAGUUUUAAACUAAUUUGAUCUCUUACAGAUGGCAAAGACUAUGUAUUUUUCACAUCAAUAAAUGUUUUUCUAAAUGA